AUGCACUCCAUCCUCAUCACCACCCUCCUGGCUACCCUCGCAGUAGCCAACCCAAUCGCCCCCGGCCCACCUUACCACUCCAAACGAACCAUAAACCCCAACACCGUCAACGCCCUGACCGCCGCCGAACUAACCACCCAACGCAACGCCCUCCUCCUCGCCCAAUCCGAAACCGCCCGCGAAGCCAUCCUCUUCCCCAACCCCCCCAACGCCGCAAACGACACCUUCCAAUUCAUCAACAACACCGUAACAGCCCCUACCGCCGGUUCCAUCUUCCUGUCCACCAUCAACAACUUCCCUGCGCUGGGCUCCACCGGCCUCGCAGCUGCCGUGGGUUUCGUCAACCCCUGUGGUCUCAACACGCCGCACUGGCACCCCCGCUCCAAUGAGUUCCUCACCGUAACCCAAGGAACACUAAUCGGCGCCCUCCUCCUCGAAAACGACAGCGGGUUUGGAAAUGUAGUAGGCGGUGCACCUCCCGUUCGCGGACCUUACAAACAAAUCGAGACUACGCUGUCCAACUACACGGGCAUGCUCUUCCCCAAGGGCCUCAUCCACUGGCAAUUCAACCCCGAAUGCGAGCCCGCUGUUUUCGUCGCGGGCUUCGAUGUCAACGAUCCUGGGCGCGUGGAAGCUGCCAGGGGCUUCUUCUCUGGUACGCCGGAUGAGGUGCUUGAGGCGAGUGCGGGUUACAGUGAGUUUUUGACGCCGGAACAGAUUGCGGGGUUGAGGCCGCAGUUGACGAGCGAUUUUACGGCGAUUGUGGAGAGUUGUGCGAAGAAGUGUGGGAUUCCUUAUAAGGCGGCUGGGGAUGGUGAGGCUUCGUCGACGGUGAGUGGGUAUCCUAGUGCUACGGGUGGGUAUCCGAUGUCUACGGGUGGAUAUUAG